AUGGGUCUGAUUCUCACAGAUGUUGAUCUGAAGCGUGGUCAGAUUUCUUUUGUUGAUGAGUUGGGAUACAGUGCAGCUUCUAAUAAUGGGAAAGAGGAGCUCUGCAUCUGGAAGAUGAGGAUUAGAUUCCUGUUGCUGCUGUGGAUUCAAAUAAAUCAGUUCAAUUCUGUGUCUGUUGCCCAGUCAGUGAAGUGGAGAAUUUGUCAUUUGUGUGACCAGCAGCAAUUUUUGCAAACCGAUGUGCACUUCUGCAUAUUUGAUUCUUCUGAAGCCAAUUUUUUUUCCCCACCUUUCAGGAUAUAUAGGUCAGUGUUAGAAGAAAUUGAAAACUCUUGUUUCUGCUGUGCCAAUUACAUUGAAAGUGGCCAGAAUGUCAUUGACUGUGCUACAGAACUGAAUCGCAUUGUUGUGGUCUUUCAUCCUCCUGGCAUCUCUGCUAUGCGAGGAUCAAAACCAGGCAAAAAUGUCCAACUUCAAGAGAAUGAAAUUAGAGGAUUGUGCUUAAAAUCCAGAGAAAUCUUUCUGAGCCAGCCUAUUCUCCUAGAACUUGAAGCUCCACUGAAAAUAUGUGGUGACAUCCAUGGACAGUACUAUGACUUGCUUCGACUCUUUGAAUAUGGAGGUUUUCCACCAGAAAGCAACUACUUGUUCCUUGGUGAUUAUGUUGACAGAGGAAAACAAUCUUUAGAAACAAUUUGUCUUCUCUUGGCCUACAAGAUUAAAUACCCAGAGAAUUUUUUCCUCCUCAGAGGGAACCAUGAAUGUGCCAGCAUCAAUAGAAUUUAUGGGUUUUACGAUGAAUGCAAGAGAAGAUACAAUAUUAAGCUGUGGAAAACCUUCACAGACUGUUUUAACUGUUUACCAAUUGCAGCUAUUGUGGAUGAGAAAAUAUUCUGCUGCCAUGGGGGUUUGUCACCAGACCUCCAGUCAAUGGAACAGAUAAGACGAAUUAUGCGCCCUACAGAUGUCCCAGAUCAAGGUCUACUUUGUGAUCUCUUGUGGUCUGACCCUGACAAGGAUGUCCUGGGGUGGGGUGAAAAUGACCGAGGAGUGUCCUUCACGUUUGGUGCUGAAGUGGUUGCUAAGUUUCUCCAUAAACACGAUUUGGAUCUCAUAUGUAGAGCACACCAGGUUGUUGAAGAUGGAUAUGAGUUUUUUGCAAAAAGGCAAUUGGUAACUCUCUUUUCUGCCCCAAAUUACUGUGGAGAAUUUGAUAAUGCGGGUGCCAUGAUGAGUGUGGAUGAAACUCUAAUGUGCUCUUUUCAGAUUUUGAAACCUGCGGAGAAAAAGAAGCCCAAUUCCAGCAGACCUGUAACGCCUCCCAGGGGGAUGAUCACAAAACAAGCCAAGAAAUAGUCACUUUGGCACUGCCUUGUUGGGACUUGUAUUAUAGUAUAUAACCUCCAUUUUUAAACUGUAACGUGUACUGUUCAGCUUGCUCAAAAUAGAUAACGUGUUUGUGGCUUCCCUUCUGAUUUGAUGAAUAGCAUUUGCUGGUUGUAACAGCGAAUGAAAAGACUCUUCUCCCUCCCAGGAAAAGCGUUUUCAAGUUCCCUCCCGUUGGUGUUACGGCUGUACACUCCACAGCAUCUUCUCCUGUCCGUAUGGGUAAUUGUACAACUGGCUCGGGGUCUGUGCGAGGCGUAGUGUAAGUGCUCGUUUUCUCUAGGUUCUGAAGAGGGCACUAGUGUGCUGUGAGAGUAGAGAUUUGUUACUGUCGGAAAUUACAUACUGUUUAUACGAACCACUGUGAACUUUUUUACGUUAAGUUUUGUUUUAAAGGGAUUGCUUUUAAUGUCAUGUAUGUGUCCGUUUUCUUGCUGUUGACAUUAGAAAUAACCUUCAACCUUGCCAGCGUUGCUGGUACGAUGUAUA